GCUCGUCCACUGUUCAAGGACCGAAGGAAAUUCCCUAAAAUGGCUGAUCCAAUGCUUCAGGGCCGCUUCCCUAUGAGGGGUCUAUACCAGGCCUUAGCCGUUGCUGCCAUGUGCUUGCAAGAGCAAGCUGCUACACGUCCUCACAUCGGGGAUGUCGUCACUGCUCUCUCAUAUCUUGCUUCUCAGGCAUAUGACCCAAAUGCCCCUGUUCAACACGUCCGGAGCAAUUCAUCCACCCCCAGGGCCAGAAACCCUGCUGGGUGGAACGGCGACCAGCGCAGCGUGCGCUCGCCUAACCAUCAUUCUCCAGACCCGCGGCGCAGAGACGCUGCGGGGGCAUCCAAGUAUGGAGCAGAGGUUAGCAGGACUAGCUCUACCAGCGACUCUGGCCGGCGAUCAGGCCUGGAUGACAUGGACCUGACCGGGUCGCAAGUGGGAAGCCCAGCGCAGACCGGAAGAAGAAGAGAAGCUCCAAGGGGCACCGACAGACAGCGUGCUGUCGCAGAGGCCAGGACAUGGGGGGAGAAUUCAAGGGAGCGAACAAAUGGCCAUGGCAGCUUCGACAGCACCCAUGAGUGAAGCCGUCAGGUUCUGUUCCAGUCAUCAUUCCAGAACCCCCACCAUGGGUUGAGUCCACUCAUUCAUCAGCACCAGUCAGAUCCGAUCUUGGGACAUGGCGUCGGUCCAAGUGUCUGUGAAUAAGGCUUUUCUUGCCCUCCUGUGGCGAAUGCAAUUCUCCUGGCGCCCAUUCCUUGCCAAUGCGACCUGUGUGUGUCAUGCCUCUGGCGACUGGGAGCCUCAGGAGGAGCCUGUAGGAUUCAGUCAGAGGUAGACAGGUCAGUGAAGAAAGAGGAGGGGCGCGGAGUCACAUUGGCGAGUGUUUUGUUUUUUUUGGCGGCUAAAUGCUGAGUAUGUUCAGCUGCAUGUGUCCUUUUUGUGUAUGUGUACGUGUAAGACGUGUAAUAGCAACCGUGUCAGGUUUGGCUACCUGAGAGGCCUUUGAAGCUUCUGCUGCUGCUUCCUUCCCCUUGGGAAUUGGGAGUUCAGAGUUGAAAUGUAGGAUAGGCGAUGUUGUUGAGUACAUCAACUGUUUUUACCCUUCCAUGUUGUACGGCGACGCUUCCCUGAACAAUAUGACCAUGAUGUGCCCCCCUGUCCGCCAAUGGCCAAUCCGUGUAGGUGCAGACGACUGGUCUCUGCACGCGUCAAGACACCCGGAGGCGGCCGCCGGCAUCGCACCAUCCCCGAACAUGGGUGGCGGCCGCGGCGGCGAUUCAGCGCUGACCAUACCACAGAUCGGGAGCAUCUGAACAAUUGUGAACGAAAGAAGAAGAAGAGGCCACCAUACUGAUGACCAGUCGAUCACGGCAGAAUCUCGCCAAGAUCCGAAAUCACUGGCUGGUGAGCGGCAGCAGAGCCCAGACGUCAGGUAGGAGAUGGCUCUCACGAGAAUUGGCCUCGCCGGCCUCGCGGUCAUGGGACAGAACCUUGCCCUCAACAUCGCGGAGAAAGGGUUCCCCAUCUCGGUCUACAACAGGACAACCUCCAAGGUUGAUGAGACCGUGCAGCGUGCCAAGGUCGAAGGAAACCUCCCAGUGUUUGGUUUCCACGACCCCGCGUCCUUCGUGAGCUCCAUCCAGAAGCCCCGUGUCGUCAUCAUGCUCGUCAAGGCUGGGGCGCCGGUGGACCAGACCAUUGCCACGCUCGCGGCGCACCUUGAUCAGGGGGACUGUAUCGUCGAUGGUGGCAACGAGUGGUACGAGAACACGGAGAGGAGGGAGAAGGCGAUGGAGGAGCGCGGGCUCCUAUAUCUUGGCAUGGGCGUCUCCGGAGGAGAGGAGGGUGCCCGCAAUGGCCCGUCCUUGAUGCCCGGGGGCUCCUUCGAGGCAUACAAGUACAUUGAAGAUAUUCUUCUCAAGGUGGCUGCUCAGGUACCUGACAGCGGCCCGUGCGUCACAUAUAUUGGCAAAGGUGGAUCAGGCAACUUCGUCAAGAUGGUUCACAAUGGAAUUGAAUAUGGUGACAUGCAACUUAUCGCCGAGGCUUAUGAUGUUCUCAAGUCGGUGGGUAAGCUCACAAACAGCGAGCUGCAUCAGGUGUUCUCUGAGUGGAACAAGGGUGAGCUCCUCAGUUUCUUGAUUGAGAUCACGGCCGACAUCUUUGGUAUCAAGGAUGACAAGGGUGAAGGCUACCUGGUCGACAAGGUCCUGGACAAGACCGGGAUGAAGGGAACUGGGAAAUGGACAGUCCAGCAGGCUGCUGAGCUUUCUGUAGCUGCUCCUACAAUCGAGGCGUCCUUGGACUCCAGGUUCCUCAGCGGUCUGAAGGACGAGCGCGUUGAGGCUUCCAAAAUCUUCCAAGGUGACUACUCCACUGGCCUACCGGUGGACAAGGCACAGCUGAUCGAGGACGUGAGGCAAGCUCUAUAUGCCUCCAAGAUCUGCAGUUACGCGCAGGGCAUGAACAUCAUCAAGGCCAAGAGCUCAGAGAAAGGAUGGGGCCUCAACCUUGGUGAGCUAGCGAGGAUCUGGAAGGGAGGGUGCAUCAUCCGUGCCAUCUUCCUCGACCGCAUCAAGAAGGCGUACGAUAGGAACCCUAACCUUGCCAACCUCCUCGUUGACCCCGAGUUCGCCCAGGAGAUCAUAGACAGGCAAGCUGCCUGGCGCAGGGUUGUCUGCCUUGCCAUCAACAAUGGCGUUAGCACCCCAGGCAUGUCUGCAAGUCUGGCCUACUUCGACUCGUACCGCAGGGAUAGGCUUCCCGCCAACCUGGUGCAGGCUCAGAGAGACUACUUCGGCGCUCACACGUACGAGAGGGUUGACAUGCCUGGUUCUUUCCACACCGAGUGGUUCAAGAUUGCGCGCAACUCCAAGAUCUGAACAUGGCCUCGUGUUUGCAUAUGCCAGUAUGCCACCGUGUCGAGUAAUCAAUCAUAUUACUGCUUGCAGGGAGGAACUGUGUUUGAUUUUUAUUUUCCAUGCGCAAUGCUUAAUUUAGGUCAGGAAGUCCAAAGUCUCUCCCAUUGUUUUCCUGUAAGAGCUAAGCAGUACCAGAUGGAGAACCUUAUAUUUGCUGGAACAUGAAUAAAAGCAUUUGACAUGCUUGUGUUUAGUUC